GUUGGUUGCCACCAGCCGUAAACAAGAAGAAGAAGCGGAGGAACAAGAGGAAGGAGAAGACACGGGAAAGAGGACUCUCUAAAGGCAUAAACAUUAUCAAAUACAGACAGCAUUAGUCUGGGCUAAUAUUAUGUGUGUUGGUAACACAGUGCUGGUUGUCUUGCAGUACUUUGAACAGAAAACUUUAAUGUUAUUUUGUGUCACUUGCCGCGCUCUUGUGUUGACGUUUAGAGCUCCGCAGAUCAGGAAGUGAGCCCGACGUCGAUGUGGUUUCUUGUCUUUAGAUAUUCCCCUGUGUUUUCUUAACAUUACAGCACCUAAAAGGAUCUUUUUUUCUGCCGCUGGCUGGUUUUGGAGUAUCCUGUUAAAGUCUACUAUAGUGUCGCUGCAGUGUUACAGUGAACAGAACCAGGACAGUGAACGCAGCAGGACCGUGAACGCAGCACCAGUUUACAGCAGAGACACUGAUGUUUGCGAAGAAGAGGAGUCAAACGUGUCUGAUUGCUUCCAGUAUGGCUACAUUAGUGGUGCUCAUGAUGGUGCUGUACGGAACAAUCGGCACCCAGCAGCAUCCGGGCAUCUCCAGCCUCAGGAACAACUACCCACUAGACAGACCCCUCUACAAACUGGACCUGAGCUGGCCCAGGAACCCAGAGCUCUUCACUGGAGAGGUGUUUGGAGUGGCUGUCAACCAGUAUUCUGGAGUGGUAUAUGUGGCACAGAGAGGUACACAAAUGAGUCACUCUAUCUCAAGUUUUUUCCUCCUUUUUUCAGUGAAAGAAUCAUCUUUAUUAAAUAUAACAGCUGCAGACUGUAGGGCCAUUCUGUACUUCCCUGAAUAAACACCCAGGGUUAGUUGUUAAACAGGAAUCUGAUGUGUGUUUGGAGUAAAUCUUGGAAACAGGUUUAUCUGGAUCAGUCCUUCAGUAUGUGUUGUUCAAAACAGGAGAACUGGAAUUCGUUAGAUUCAGGUAAUCAGGAUUAUACUGAUCCCUGCAGAUGGGAGAUUCAGCCUGGACUUUAGAAACAAUAUAAACAUAAAACCCUUUUCAUGGCUCAAACAGUAAUACACUUCUAGGUCUUAAUGUAUCUUCCUGUGCCCAAGACUAUACCUAUGACUGUUUGAUUCAGUGUUUGUUGUAUAAUCGAGUUGAUUAGGGCUGAGACGAACAUUCUUGCCCAAUAAGGAUUGUGUGAUCAUGAUGCCUCAAAUGUUUUAAGAGGUGACAAGUCAGGACUGCAAACAGACCGGUUUCUCAGCAGAGAAACAGAGCCAUGCUGAUGUAAUCCCUGUUGUCAGAAUGUGGUUUGUCAUUGUCUUGCUGUAAUAUAAAGGUCUUUACUUAAAAAGUCCUUGUCUGGAUGGCAGCAGAUGUUGCUCCUAAACCCAUAAAUAUUGUCCAACAUUAAUGGAGCCUUUACAGAUGUGCCAACUUUGUCCAUGACAUUGGCAUCGUCCUCAUGGCUUUCAAACUGUGUGCUGAUUACAGGCUGAGUGGGCCCUCUCCUCAGAUGUUCAGAUAGCUUUGUGUUAGUGAGGAGUUAUACUAGUAAUGUCAUCGGUACAUUUUUAUGUCGGUGUCUUUUUGUGCCCUACAAAAGCAAACCAGAUUUUACACUUUGAAAAUGACUAAAUCUGAGACUGCCACUGUUGUUGUCUAACCGCUGGGUCAGGUUCUCACAGAACACAGAUCAAAAUAAUCUUGAGUGAUUGGACAGAUGGUUAAACAUGUUGCCAGCUCCACAGGAGCUGCCAAAGUCAGCUAAAAAAUCAAAGUUGCUCACUGCUGUUUUUGAAUUCCUCCUUUAGGUGACAAUGUGCCGAAAGUGCUCGUGUUCACCACAGAUGGUGAAUUCCUCAUGGCCUGGAACACAACCACGCUGGAGAUGCCCCAUGGGAUAUUUCUUGCAGACGCUGCCACUUCAAACCCCACUGUGUGGAUCACAGAUGUGGGAAACGGACCAUAUGGUCACUGCAUCAAACAGUACUCGCCAUCUGGGAAACUCCUGCAGGUGAUUGAUUUUUCCAGGCGCAGUAUUAUUUCUGCAACAAUUCAAGUCAAAACAACAAAAUAAGAAUGACUAAAUGUUGAACUGUUAGAGACAAUCGAUGAGUGGUCUACCACAAAUAUUUUUGAAAAGCAAAUGCUGAUAAUCAGAGAGCUGGCUGGCUAAUGGCUGAUAUACAGUAUAAUGUUUUUAUUUGAUGAAAAACAGGAAUCCAUUAUUAAGUGCAUAUUUUAAUCUAAUAUACACUUUUAACUUCACCAGUAACAUUUUUUAUGGAUAUUUAAUGAAUUCAUGAAAUAGAAAAAUACAUUUGAUUAUGCUGUAUAUUUCACAACAAGACUAAUCUAUGUCAGGAGCAACAAUCAGCCAUUUUGAUCAACUCUAUCCUGCUAUAGUUCAUGACAGAUAAAAACAGACUGUUAUUUAAGAUGGAAAAAUGUGUUUUCAUGCAGGAAGAUGUUCAUGUUGCUAGUUACACUGAUGAGGUCUCCUUCAGUGUCUGCAGACAGUGUUUUUAUAUUGUUUCAUGAGCGCGUGCAGCAACCAAUAUCGGUUAUUUCAAAAUGUCAUUAACUGGCCUGGUUAAUUAGAUUGGGGCUGUAUGAUAUUGAAAAAGGGAAUAUUGCAAUUUCCCUUUCUGCAAUAAAAUUACAGGAAUUUGUGUUUACCAGAUAAAUUGGGUUAUUUUAAUUUAAAAAACUAUCAAAGUGUUCAAAAACACAAUUAUAGGAUCUCGUAGUCUUUUUCUGCUUUCAAAUCAAAUCUGUCUCCUACUUUAAUCACACUGUGUUGAACCCUUUAUUAGUAAAGUUAAAGGGAUAUUCCGGGUCAAACACACCGUAACAUCGAGUUGGACACCCCCUCGAGAGAUGAAUGUUGCAGAGCGCUUGCUUCUCUAGUUAUACCAACUUUAGUAACGACCGCACAAUAGCAAUACACAGCGCUCUGAGGAGCCAUAAACAAACCUCAACCAAGACGCCACUCUAUAGCCACAAAUGAUGCUCAGAACAGCACCUAACUUCAUCAGCAGUACAUAUAUGGUCCCAGUCAUAACACUUGCCACCAAACAUCUUUUUAAAUUUGCCUAAUUUCUUUAGCAAAGAGACUAAACACAACUCACUUACUCUCUUCCAGCAGCCGCUUGUUUGUAGCGAGACUUCGGGCCAGUCUGUAAUGGACUGCUGCAGGGUGACGCAGCUCAAGGAAGAACAUUAUGAUCAUUUCUUUCUUUAUCAUUUCCUUGAAGUAAUAAUCAUCAUAUUAAUCAUUAAUCAUUUAAUAUCCCUUUGAUGAAGUAGGUCAUUCACAUCAUGCGUCCUGCCAUGUGACUCUAGUGCACAUCCACACUGCAGUUGCUAUGUUCAAACAAUACGUUGAUGCAUUGAUAACUGUCUUGUUCUUGUCAGGUGGUGGGUACACCUGGGAAAGCCGGUUCUGCGAUGAACCCGCUGCAGUUUGAUCAGCCGGCUGAGAUCUUUGUGCACGACUCUGGAGAGAUGUAUAUCGUUGAUGGUGAUGGCGGGUUGAACAAUCGGCUCAUGAAGCUAUCCAAAGAGCAGGAGGUGCUGUGGAUGCAUGGGGAGAAAGGACAAAACCCCGCUCAGUUUUACAUCCCCCACAGUGUGACUGUGGACAGUGCCCAGAGGGUGUGGGUGGCUGACAGGGGGAACAAGAGGAUCCAGGUCUUCAACUCCAUCACUGGGGACUGGCUGGGGACAUGGGGCAGCUGUUUCACUGAGGAUGCGCCCUACUCUGUCCGCCUGACCCCGGACAAGAAGUACUUUGUUGUUGUGCAGCUCAACACCAAUCAGAUUUCCCUGCUGGAGGCCCCACCUGUGGGCCAGAUUGGUCAGUGCACGGUGGUGAGUGUGAUCCAGCUGGCCGAGGAAGUGAAACCACAUUUGGUGGACCUGGACCUGAAGACAGGUGCCCUGUUUGUGGCUGAGAUCGGCGCCCAACAGGCCCAGAAAUUCACCCCCUUCACUCUGAGUGGGAAUUUACUGUAGGGCUGCAUUAGGCUCAGUCUGAGUGAGAUGACAUGAUUGAUCACAAACAAACUCUUUUAUCAUUCUUUGUGGGCUGUAAUCAUUCCUGUUUGUCAUGUAAUGUUUGACCAUCUAUUCCCCUGUCUAAGGCAAGAUCGAAGGUCUACCCUGAAAACCUCCUAUCAUGAUACCUGCACAGAAAUGACAGUCUCAUAAUGUCUGCACUCCCGUAGGGCCAAAAUCAUAACAAAAGUUAACUCAAGGUACUUUAAAAGAGCAGCUUUAACCGUUCUUAUGCCUAUAUUAAAUGAUGUGCAAAACUACGUGCAGGAAGAGAUACAUAAGAGCUCAGUAUGCAAGUAGACCUGGCAGUUUAGACCUAUAGACCCUUUUAGGGCUGAUGUUACGACGACGUCACGUCAUCAGCUGGAGGCAAAAUGAAAAGGAGACAUUGGAGGUUUUGUUGUGUCGUUGGCUGCUUGAAUAGAGAGAGUAAAAAACUGAAACUGCACUAAGUACUAGCUGCUACUUCCAUUCAACAAAACAAAAAGCCAGCUGUGGUUAAACGUGAUGAGAUGAAAUGACUGGACUCUCUUCAUAUCUAUACAGUGUGUGGUUGGAUGACAUUUUGUAAAUUAAGUCAUCAUCACCUCUGAUAAGAAACUGGAGAGGUAUCAAGAAGAAUAUAGGAUUUUUUUUUGCCUCCAGCUGAUCCCUGUCAUAAUGAAACUAUUGUCACUUUACUUUUACCACUUUAUCUUUAUGCACCAACCAGCCACAACAUUAGGGACGCCUGAUUGAUUUAAUGCAGCCCAGAUAUGCUUGGAGUGCUUAAUAUUCAAGGUGUUCCCAGUAUUCAUCUUCCCUCAUGUUUGCUAACAAAGUGAACAAAAUAUCAGGAACACCCUUCACAAUAACACGCUCCAGCACACCACAGCCACCCACUAUGUCCUCAAUAUGAAAUUGCCCAGGUGUUCCUAAUUUAAUGGCUGGCGGGUUAACAUUAGUUUGAGGUUUAGGAGAAAGCUGAUGUUGUUUUCAAACACAAACACUCAGCAGGAUCUCUUUCCCUUUUUUAAUCACUUGGCCCAAACCUGCAUCAACCCACGGUUUUUCACAGUCCUUAAUCCCCCGUUUGGCACAGCAUACAGCUAACCCAGUUCCUGACACGUGCAUUGUUGGAACACAAAAGGAGCUUGGGCACCUGCCAUCCACAAAGAAAGUGCCCUAUUUACUGUUUGUUUUUUUUAGACAAAGGAACAGAUAUUGUUAGUACACAACCUGCCUGCUGGAUUUAAUAUCCCAAAUCAAAUAGCUGCUUAGUUUUAUCUCUGCCAAGUAAGGUGCAUGAUAAUAGUAGGGUCAUGAUUAUGAUUAGCUUGGCAGUAUCCAUGCUUUUAAAUUCCUGUUGUUGCAAAAUCAAUUCCACAAGAGGACCGAGAGGACUCUGGGAUUAUAUAUCCAAACGAGCUGAAUGAUCUGAGGAUACUCGAGAGAUUAUCUUAAGUAAAUUAAAAAAAAAUUUUUUUUAGAAGGUAUUAUCAAUAAAAUGCCAUAUUUAUUGAAAGCACAGUCAGAGGUGAGAACGUGUUAGUCAAACCAAGAAGUAACAUAAGAUGUUUCCAGAUCUAACAUGUCUGAAGAGCCAUUCACUCAGACGUUUUCUAAAAACUACACACCAUGAAGACUUUUUUGCAUUUGCACCGCCAACGCCAUGGCUGAUAGGAACUUAAAAGUGUUGUAAGCUGGCUGAAGGUUGAUAGAGACAUGAGUGAAAAUAAAGAGAACACCCAGAAGGGAGCCACUCUGCAGGGGCUUUCACCAGCAGACUGCAGCUCCCAGUGCUGCUGUUAGUGAUGGUCUCUAAAAGCCUCAAUGCUAAACUGGCAUGUGCCGGUCUGUGGCUGAGGAUGGCGUCAAGCCUAACACCGCCUUUGGCUGUUGUAGUCUUGUUUGAGUUUCUUCAUCUUCACACUGCACUGGGAAUACUUUAUGAUGCAUAAAGUAUGCAGUGAUUAAAAAAAUGGGGAGGGCUCUUAGAGUUCUUCAGAUUUUGAAAAAGUCCCUACAGUCUUAAAAGACCCAAUAAUAACAUUAACACAUAACUGUUCCUGCUGCCUGUAAAGACAUGUGCUGUUGUAGUGCUUCCUGACUGAGCGUGCAUGUUUCUCAGCUAAAUAAAAUGGAUUUUGUGCAGAAAAUGAAAUAAUAUCACAGGUCGGUCAGAGUGUUGGUGGGGUUUCUUUGGGUGUUGCGUUUAGUUGAAAACACUCGGUGGUCUGACCUGACUUCCUUUGUUUUAAUAAUGAAACAGUCAAUUAUGGUUUUAUUUGACACACACUAUGAUGAUCAGUGUCUGCACUGUUAAAAAAAAAAAGCAUUUUGGUGACGAGCUUGUUGGCUGUUUGUGAAGUUUGGUGUCAUUUUUAUUUGCUUUACUUGACGCUGCUUGAGAAGAUUAGAGGAUUGCACAAUUGCAGCUGUGGAGCAGAGCUGCUUCCUGUCAGGCAACAUCACUUUAGAGGACAUUCCUGUGAAAAAACACAUGUAUAUAUCGAUGAGGGAGGCUGGAGUUGAACUGUUUUGCACUUUGUUGUCUGUAGCUAUGGAUCAAACCCACAUAUAAAUAUAAAUAUCGGAUUGAUUCUUGUAAAUUUCAGGUGUCUGGUUUCCUUUCUGCUGAUUAUCUCUGCUACCAAAUGAGCUGUGUUCAACAUAAAUGUGAGAAAUAUUUUGUACAUUUAACUUGAUUGUUAUUGACUCUGUGUUGCUUAUAUGAGUGGUUUCCUUGAUUCAUGCUGCUGGACUUUCUCAGCACUAAACUCCUAACAAUGAAGCUGUUUGUUAUUCCAGAGACUUUUGUUUUCAGCACUUUGUUUCUCUGUGAUUAGUGAGUAAAUCUAGAUCGUUCCAUCCAAAUCUGGCACUGAGUUCCUCCUCUUAAGGACUGAAGCCGGUUUAAUGAUGUAUUACAUGUCACUGCGAGGUGUGGGCAAAACUACUGAGAACAAAGACAACAAUCAGAGCAGGGUGUGAAUGUUGAAAGCAUGAGAUUUGAUGUGCUUGUAUUGUGGGAAAUGUAGGAUGUAGCUUUGUGAGGGGCUGAUCAACCUCAGAGUUAAAGACAUGGCUUUUCUCUCAGCACUAAGUGAAUGAAGAGAGGGGCAAUUCUGUGUUUUCUCUUUUUUUCCUGGUAAAAUCUGAUUGUUUUAUUCAGGUCCCCAGUAGGCUUUUCUACAAUCAAACCAACACAGGGAGUGAGCCUGGAUGUAAGUACGCUCUUCAUCUUGUGGGUUUAAAUGCUUCGUUUUUGUUUGAUUUCAUGUUCAUUUGUUCAGGAAGUUUACUUUUUUAAAUUUUAAAUGGUGGCCAUUUUGUUCUUCUUUUUGUGUCCAUGCUGGCUUGGAACCUAAAGAUGAGUAAAUAAAAAUAAAAAUCCUUCAUCAUAUCAGACCGCCUCAUCUUUAAAGGCAAGACAAGUUUAUUUGUAUAGCACCAUUCAUACACAAGGCAAUUCAAAGUGCUUUACAGAUGCAAGAAAAUACAUAAAUUAAAUAAGAGAGAUUAAAACUGUUUAAAAUAAAAAAAAACAUAAAUGAUUUAAAAAACAAAAAGAAAUCUUAAAAUGUAGUAAAAUAUUUAAAUGUAACUCAAAAUCAUUGAAACUGUUGGAAUUGUCAGAACAGCAAAGUAGAAGCAAAAGGCAGAACCAGCCCAAGGCACCUGCUUAGGGCCCUGCGGCCAAUAGGGGGCCCCCAAGAGCAAACAAAUUAAAAUAAUAUUUUUUAUUUUUUGCAUGUAUGAGUGAUGCUUUGUGUCUGAUCAAAUAUAUAUCACUGUAAAAAUGAAAUAAAAUAAAGUAAAAACAUUUUAGUGCUGCUGCUGAUGUAGGCCUAUGAUUCUUACUGCUGAUAUGUCAAAGCUCCUCUCCCGAUUUGUGCCUUUUGCCAUGCAAUGUGUGCUGAGCAUCCAAAGCACAGGUAGUUGUGAGGCAAAAAAAUGUCACAAAAAAAGGACAUAUCCUUCAGGAGCAGAGAAAAGAAAGAGGAAAAAACGCAAAGAUAAAGGUAUGUUUGCAUGUCAGGGAAUGUUGAGAUUUUCGAAGGUGUGUGAAUGAUCAACAAUCAAUAUUAUUGGCAGAAAUAGAGGGCCCCAAAAUCUAAUUUUGCUUAAGGCCCCACUGAGGCUUGGGCUGGCUCUGGUAAAAGGAAAUGAUACUAUAGGAAAGCUGCAGUAAACAGUAAUGUUUUCAGGCCUGAUUUAAAGGUUUUCAGGGAGUUUGUUCCACAGGUGAGCUCCAUAGAAGCUGAAUGCAGCUUCACCCUGCUUGGUGAGUUCUUAUACUGAUAUUCAUCACCAUAAAGGAUCAGUAUUUUUGUUUCUGUCACAAUGAUAUCAGCAGAAACAGCCCCUUUUUCCAAGUUGGUAUUUUCUAGCACAAACUAAUGACAAGCUGAGGUCUGGGUUUGGUCCGAGGCCUUGCUGUUCACAUGCUGAAGUGUCCUUGAAUGAACAGAAGCUUCUGCUGUAUUUGCUCACACCUGAUGUAAUUUUGAUGAAUGUUGGAUGAUCUGCAUUGGGGAUGAACAGAGAAGGUGUAAAAUCCUCAAAAUAACAACAGGAAGGGUCUCAGCUGGUCUGCUGGUCUGGGCCCUUUGAGCAGAGGCUAUAGUCCUCAAUGCAGCAACUACCGUUUCCACUUCUGUCCACAAUGCUGAGCUGCGUUUCAUCCCUCACUCUUCAUUUUUCCUACCUCUCUUCAACUGUCUGGUCUAAGGUUCAAAUAAUAAUAAUAAUGAAAACAGGAAAUACAAUGAGUGUCAAUUUAAAAAGAAAACUCCAUAUGCAUACGAUAACCAGUCUAGUCUUUUAUACAUUUAAAGAUUUCAAAUACAACCACAGUAAGAACAUCCUCCUCCUGAGCUCGACCCUGCUGGAGAUCAGAGAUGACAGAUAAACACAGAGAGCUGACAUGAAUACAGAGACCUACUCUACCUAGUGUAUUUUUACAACAUCAUUCAGUAUGACAGAGAGUCCCUUAAAUCUUGAAAUAACUGUGUAGUUACCAUGUCAAAAGUUCCUCUUUUGUAUAUAACAGUACUGUAUGUGAGGUCCUCUUUAGCCUGGGAUAAAGGAGAAAGACAAAAACAUCAGUGGAGUAACAAAAGGCAUUAGUGUCAUGCACUGAACUGGGUCUGUAACGUUGUCUUCCAAUAAUGUAACAGUGACAUUUGAACAUGUUGUGAGUGAAAAAACAAUGUAUGGAAUGUGGAGACUAAAAUAUUAAGACUAUAUGCUUGCUUGAUGCCUGCAUGUUGAAAAUAAAGGAACGAGGUGACAUGUCUUUCUUUGCACUGCAUCACCUCAAUUUUAAACAACACUGUAAAUGUUCAGAACCUGAAGAGACAAGUUUCUGAAUUUGGAAAGUGAGCUGUUGUCUCAUUCAUGCCUGAGACAGGAUUUUAGUUUCUCAGCAGGACUCUUCUCCUACAGAUCCAUGCUGUUGUAAUCCCUGUUGUCAGAAUGUGGUUUGCCAUUGUCUCACUGAAAUAUCAAGGUCUUCCCUUAAAAAGUCUUUGUCUGGAUGGCAGCAGAUGUUGCUCCUAAACCUGUAGAUAUUGUUCAGCAUUAAUGGAGCCUAUAGAGCUGUGGAAGAUACCCAUGACAUGGACUCUGAUGAUCCCCAUACCAUCAGGGUUGCUGGAUUUGGCCUGAGAGCUGAGAUCAAGCUGGCUAGUCCCAUCCCUCUUUCAAGUGGAGAAUGUCAAAAUUGGAUUUGUCAGACCAAUAGACUGUAUAUUAUGGACAUCUUGGCUCCGCCUUCGGUCAUUAUACAAAUUUGAAGCCGAAUUGUUCUCAGUAUUUUCAGGUUUUUCCUCCAAUUCCUGGAACCACCACUUGCACAGGAGCGUUGUACGCUUUCGGCAGGAGAGUCGCCAAAAGUCACUGUGAUGACACUCGGCUCAAACAGCGUAUCCUCCAGGUGAGCUACGCAAUCUUCCUACUCUCAUAGGCUGUAUCAAGUGUCAAUCAUAGAAAACAUGAACCCCCUAAUAAAUUUUAAAAAUGGAGCUGUACAGAAAAAAAGAGGACUUGAGCACAAACCAGUCUUACAGUAACUACAUGUCAACAUCACAACCAGGGGGGAGAAAAAUGUAUAUUCUGUGUAAUUACUUUCUAAAGUUUGUCCACAGCUCCAUAGGUAUUGCUGGAGGAGGCGGAAUUUAUGACCUAUACUGCAGCCCGUCACCAGAGGGUGCUGUUCUCAGAGUGGCUUCACCCAGUGAGGAGGCAGACGGCGUCCAUUAUAUAUACAGUCUAUGGUCAGACCACAGGGCUAUUUUCUACUUUUCCUCAGUAGUCCUUGAGCCAAGAACCAAAAUUUCACAUAUCGGUACCACCUGGGUGGGCAAAUUCUAGUUGUGAUUUUUUUAUUGCUAUACAUCCCUACAAUAAGUUUUUAUAUGAUAGACCUUGGUAACUGGUAGCUUUAUUGUAGUUAUCACUCAUUGAAGUAAUAGAGUGCAGCUGUUCAAAAAUGAAAAAUCGCCUUCCUUCAAAAUUAGCUUUCUUUCAUUUUAACCUCUCAUUUAGGUGUGUUUGAACUAUUGGCUAGCCAUAGAGACUUGUAAUAACCCCCUAAGUAGUAUUUCAAGUAAUUUAUCUAAUACAGGUGUGUAUAUAUAAGCUUCAAUUAGCCUGAAAGAACUGCUCCACCAUCAAAUUGGGCCACACCCACUUCAUCAACUCAUUUAAUUAGACACAGGUUUGAUUCAUUUAUAGAAAAGAGCAGUGUGACCAAAAAAGAGUGUGACUUUUAAUGUGCUUUUGACUUUCUGUGUUGCUUUUGGAGUUAACAAAAAUUCGCCUAUUGAGGAAAAUAACAAAAUGAGAAAAAAUAUAAAAAGCUACCCCUAUGAAAAGUCUAUCAUAUUUUAAUUUACUUAUAUUGACCCUAAAAACAAUUUAGUAUAUGUAAGGUUUUGCCCACCCAAGUGGUACCGACAUCUGGUCUGGCUCAAGGACUACAGUCCAUCUUAGUUUGGUUUGAACACAGAAACCGGUAUUUCUAAAUCAUGUUUACAAAUUAUUUAUCUAUCUAAUCAUUUACAUUGUUCACUCUCAACUCUCAUUCGUGGAUACGGCGGCAAACUGUGUUUGUUGUUUGGAAGGCAUGAAAAAUAGUUGACAGAUGGCAUCACUUUUGUUGAUGAGAAUUAAAUAUUAUUGUGACUGGGUUUUGAACAAUCAGAAUCAGUAGUCAACAUUUAUCUGCAUUAUAAGAUCAGUAACUCUUACCUCUGUUGCAGAAGAUAAUCGGGCCUUGGUCUCCUCUGGAAGUGUAAAAACUCCUGUUACUGACUCUCAGCGCAGAAUACGAUUAAAAUAUUCAGUUAUUAAUAAAUAAGUUUGUCAUGUUCUUACUGUGUCGUCUCCAAAUAAACCAGAAGGUUAUGGCCACAAUUAGGAGGACAGUCAAUAACAAACUCAGAGGAAUCAUGAGGCUCAGUGAGUGAAUAAAACUUCUGCAGAGACGGAUCGAAACACAACAACAAAAUGAGCAAAGACAGUCAGGAAAUUAUUAUUAUUACAGGAAACAGACUGGAGUCAACAGAGCAACAUUCAGUCUUUCCCAAAGAUGGUCUACUUUAGUACUCUAAAGAGACUGACCCAGGCGCUUCUGUGUUUUCUUCAUAUGCAGAGGUCCAAGUGUGAGUCACAGGUUGAAGAGUGCUCGAUGAGAUGUUCAAACACGUCGUCGUUGUCUCCUGUGUGGCUGUAGGAAACAACAUGGAGUCAGAAUCCUGUCAACUAGAUGUAAAGCUAUAAAAUGUCCAACUUCCAUGUUAGUCGACUUAAAUGACAUCCUUGAGGAUAAACGUUGAUUACAAGAUGAUAUUCGUGAUGAAAAAAAUUAAUCAAAGAUGAUUGUAUUAAUGUGAGCUAUCUUUAGUUAUCAUUAUCAGUUAUCAUAUGUUAUAUAACUACAACUGUGAGACCAGCUCGGCCCGUUUAAGAGCUACAUUCCAGAACACAGGAUAACUGUAGAAAAGGGCCGCAGACAAGAUACUGACGCAGAGCAGAAUGAUCAAAAUAAGACAUCAUGAUCAAGAUGCUGACAACCUUCAGUAAAAGCUGCACAUUUCUGAAUAUUGGACUCAUAUUUACACACUUGUUAUGAGUGGUAUUCUACUCACUGGCGCGUGGUCGCUCUUUCACAGUGACAUGCACUGGCAUCUUUAGGUCCCCUUUAGCAAAGUAAUACCAGC